UGACACACACACGCACACACACACACAUAGGCAGCUGCAGCAUUUGGUUUCCUUGGCAGCCGGAGGAGGACGAGGAGGAGCUAAGGGUUGACUUGCUAUGCCACAUCGCACAACACAGAGCCAUCUACGGUUACGGUGAUAACGGUUUAAUAAGGCCCUGAGGCCAUGGCUAAAGACCCGUUAGCCGAGGCAGGCUUUUAUUUUGACGAUCUCAACAAGCUGCGGGUGCUGGAGCCUGAUGUCAGCCAGAAGACCUCAGAGCUCAAGGAAGAGUGUAAAGAGUUUGUGGACAAAAUCGGCCAGUUUCAGAAGAUAGUAGGAGGUCUAAUCGAGCUGGUGGAUGAGCUGGCAAAAGAAGCAGAGACGGAAAAGAUGAAGGCUAUUGGAGCCAGAAACCUGCUGAAGUCAGUGGCAAAGCAAAGAGAAGCUCAACAGCAGCAGCUGCAGGCUCUCAUAGCCGAGAAGAAGAUGCAGCUCGAGCGAUACCGUAUCGAGUACGAAGCCCUGUCCAAAGUGGAGUCGGAGCAGAACGAGUUCAUCGACCAGUUCAUCCUGCAGAAGUGACCAUGUGACGCCGUGUCCCCACAGUGCCUGUCCGGUUAUCUCUGGGUGGUGAAACCCACUUCAGAGAAUACCUCUGCUGCAACUGUUUUUCUGAAGCAAUCCCAAAGCUCCAACACCAUCCUCAAACAGCUCCGUGUGUGUGUGUGUGUGUGUGUGUGUGUGUGUGUGUGUGUGUGUGUGUGUGUGUGUGUGUGUGUGUGUGUGUGUGUGUGUGUGUGUGUGUGUGUGUGUGUGUGUGUGUGUGUGUGUGUGUGUGUGUGUGUGUGUGUGUGUGAGAAGCAGGUGUGACGAUGUAAGCUUGAAUAUUUAUUGGAGCGUUAAGUGUUCACACCAAAUGUCUCAACAUCUCAAACCAACAUGAAAGAACCCGGAGCUAUUUAUACAAAGGAAAAUAAUUUAUACUGAAGAAUUAUUCUAUAUAUCUAGAUGAACUAAUUUUUGUAUCAAUUUAAAUACUGCAUGUGCAUGCAUCUGUAAAUAUGUUUAAUUUUGACUUUCUGUUUUGUUAUCUUUUUCUUCUUCUGGUACGGCCAGUCAUGGGCACAGCACAUGAGAAAUACAUCGUCCUCUUUUUCUAAUUCUUUCUUUCCGUGUGUCUUUCAUGUAUUCAAUUAGAUGACGAAUGGUUAUACUUGAAUAAAUAAUGUAUUAUAUUGCACAACAAAA